AUGCAUCGACUCAAGAAAAUUGUAUUGUGUCUGGUGUUCCUGAAAAUAGCGAUUAUCUUCGCAUUUUUAUUUUUUUCAUCCAAUUGGAUAAAAACUUCAAACAUUAAAAGAGAAGAAAUUUCUUUCGACAUUCAAGUGAGACCAAAUAUUACUGUCGCAAGAAAUGGAAACGAAAAAAUAAACAAUUCUACCUUUUUAACGGUUUUCAAAGAUGGUCUGCGUGUGGCAACUGAAACCCCCCAUAAUAGACACAGAUAUGAUGGUCUUUCGGUCGAAAACAAGGACAAAUUGACACAUUGGCAGUAUGUUAAAAAAAAAGAAAAUUUCCUCGUUCAGUUGCCUGUUGACUUUGAUCUUCUUACAUAUAAUUUACUAAUUAUUGACCAAGAAGAAACAGUUUUAAAUAUACCAGUGGCUUACAAUAAUAUCAAUUGCUCUCAAAACUCUUCAGAUCAGCUAAAGUCGGUGCGCAUUUUUCUGUGGAAUAAACUUUUCGAUAAUAACACAGAUUAUUAUCUUUGCAACAGAGACUUUACGAAGAACAAUAAACGUGAAUGGUUAUAUUACCUAACUACUAUAUGGGUUGGAUAUGAUUUGAGUUGUUCGAGGAUGUCUAGUACUAAUGGUGGGAUAAGGGAGUUUCAACUUAAAAAAGAUCACCUGCCUCUUGUAACCCCCGUAUUUUGUUUUGUUCUUUCUUUGCAAUUUGUUUGGCUUUUUGUGUUAUUAGAUAUGAAAGGAAAUAGCCAAGCUUUUGAUACCAAGACUUCAAAUGACAUAACACACAUAUCCUCAUGUCCUGUUAUUCCUGAAACUGAUCAAAAACGUUGGUAUGCUAAAAAGGACAGACCAUACGGUCUAAAGAGAUUCUUUUCAAAAUUAUUAUAUGGUACAUGUUGUUCAAUUCAUCCUACCAUAAGAUUACUCCUUCUUAUGUACAUUUUUAUUUUUCUUCCAUUUGGAUUAUAUAGAACAUUAGGAAGAAAGAAUAUAUUAAGUAAAAUGUAUGAUAAUUACAUGACAGUAGUUCGACCAAGUGAGCCGAUUUUCAGUUCAAUUUGUUGGACACAUAAAUGCAUUGAUGACUGUUCAUGUACUUGUUGUUGCACAUGUUCGACUAUCGGAAAACACAAAGUGUACACAUUUGUUUUAAAUUGCUUAUGUUUAUUUCUUCCAAUACCAUACAUGCUGUGUUUACGCCCAAUAAUUUCAACCUUUACCUUUUUACUACGGUCGUUAACUUUCUUUGCUUUUGUGGCACUUCCAGUUAGAGUACAUAUAUUGCGAUAUACAAUUCUAGUUGUAACAACUGUAACGUACUUUUCAAAAUACUUCCAUGAAAUAAUUAACAUGAAUACUGAAAUUUUAAAGUAUAUAUUCAACCGCGAGGAAAAGUUCUGCGGUAUGAUUGAAAAAAUAGACCAGACAAUGUUUGAUUAUGUUUAUGAAAGACUUGUGUUUGUUAAGAAGACUUUGUAUUUUAUGUUUUUGAAAAUGAUAGUUGUUUUUAUGUACCUUUUUAUCACUAUCGAAACUUUCCUUUCAAACAAGGACUCUUUGACUGGGUCAGAUUUCAAAGAUAUACUGGAAUUUUUGUUAAUAAUUAUUGGCCCUUACGCUAUUUCAUUUUUUUUAAAAGGAAACAAUGAAAAUUUUCUCUCCGAUGAAAACAAAACAGAAAUUAAAGAUAGACUGAGAGAAUUUAAGUGUUUAGUUAAAGAAAAUGAUUUGAACGAAUUCAGCUUUCUAGAGUAA